UGGAGUUUGCCUCAGCGAUCACCGAACAAAGUACAUGUUAGUUUCAACAACAGCCGCCAUUUCUAUUGAACUACGUAAAUUCACAAUAGAAAAUAUUUAGCAAUUGAACAUUACACGGAACACCAUCUGCCCGUGGUGUGGAGUAUGUACUAGUGUCUGCAAUGAUGUUGGAUUACACUUGAAUGAGAAGCUGACAGGUGAACCUUCAACAGAAUCUGGAAACUUUAUUGUGAAGAAACGGGGGAGUAAAGCGGAGGCAGUACAGCAGGUCUGGGAAAGGUCUGAUGGAUGUACUCGGUGAAAAUGAGGCCCUGCAGCAGUUUUUUGAUGGGCAGGAUGUCAAUGGCGUAUUGGACAGUGCAGCAGUGGACACCAGCAUUCUAGAGCAAUAUCUGAGCAAUGAUAUCGACCCCACUUUUAUGUUACCUGAAUCACCUCCAGAUUCAGGUUCAGAACCUUGUUCUCCUCCACAAAUUCCAGAUGUCCACUUUGGCUCUGACUUAUCUACUGAGCAGCUGGAUCCCGGCUUGCACACCUCAACAGGACAGACUCCCGCUCCUUUCUGUCAUCUUAAAGCUAUAUCAUCCUCUCAGUAUGAUUUGGGAAACUCCAUGAAGCAUAUAAAGACCAUAUCACCUGAUACAGCUCAGAUUGUGUGUGAUUCAUCCUUACACUAUCCAUACAGCAGCCCAGCUGAGAGCUGCAUUCAGACCGCCACACCACCAGUACAGCAUGCUCCUAUAGAUGCAAUCAGAGGCUACACAGAAGCUGCCACUUCCAGCACAUCUCCAUGCCUUACCUCCUUACCUCAUGGUGUAUGUGUGGACCCGUACAUGGCCUCCAAACCUGGCCUGAACGCAGGGCAAAUGUUACCUGAAAAAAAUAAGAGAAAGCGCUCAAACUCUUUCGAUGUAAACACAGAUGACAGCCAAUGGAGAGAGCCAGUUUGGACCAAGCCUUCAUUUUGUCCUGAGAGUGGCACAUGUGAAAUGCCAGGCUAUGACGGUGAUGUCCAUGCAGCAAGUCCAGCAAUGACAUACCAGCUACUGAAAUGGGACCACUAUCAAACAAACCAGUGGAGCAGUCUCUACAACAGCAGCUUCCAAACUAUCCUGCCACCAGGUUACCAUGUGGACACAGAUAAAGGUUUCAGCUACUCGACAGCUGAUGAAGCGUUCGUGUGCCAGAAGAAAAACCACUUCCAAGUCACAGUACACAUUGGGAUGGCUGGAGACCCCAAAUAUGUGAAGACACCAGCAGGUCCUAUGCCUGUUGAUGGCUUCCAAGUGAAAGUCUUCGGAAUCAAGCUUGAGGCUCAGAGCCACCACAUCACCAUCGAGCAGUCACAGUCAGACCGCAGCAAAAAACCCUUCCUGCCAGUCCAAGUAAACUUGCCUGGAAAUAAAAUAACCAAGAUUACGCUCGGAAGAUUACACUUCAGUGAAACUACUGCUAAUAACAUGAGGAAGAAGGGCAAACCCAAUCCUGACCAGAGGUACUUCCUUCUGGUGGUGGGACUUUAUGCUACAGUCAAAGAGAAGAGUUACCUGCUGGUUGCUAACGUAUCUGAGAGAAUCAUUGUCAGGGCCUCGAACCCGGGGCAGUUUGAGAAUGACAGCGAGGCGCUUUGGAUAAAAGGACAGACCCCAGACUCACUGGUGUGCCAGGGACUGGUGGGAAUAAACACUGAUUCCCCAGAUGAGGCCCUGGUAGUUUGCGGAAACGCCAAAAUAAUGGGCACAGUCAUGCACCCCUCUGACAGCAGAGCGAAGGAGAACAUUAAAGAGGUGGAUUCAACAGAACAGCUGAGGAGAAUAGCCCAGAUGAGGAUUGUUGAAUAUGACUACAAACCCGAGUUUGCAUCAAAGAUGGGCAUCAACGAGGUGCAUGAAACAGGGAUUAUAGCACAGGAGGUAAGGGAGCUGCUUCCCACAGCGGUGAAAGAAGUAGGAGAUGUCACGUGCUCCGACGGACAGAAAAUCCCCAACUUCCUCAUGGUGGACAAAGAACAGAUCUUUAUGGAGAACGUGGGAGCUGUAAAAGAGCUCUGCAAGCUUACUGAUAACCUGGAGACACGUAUUGAGGAGCUUGAGGUGUGGAACGCACGCCUGGCCAAGCUGAAGAACCUGGGGAGCAUGCGGUCCAAAAGCACCUCUGCAAAUAAAAAACGAGGAGUCACUCCCCCACAAAAGCCAUCACCACCAAAAACUAGCAAAGAGUGUGUACGUGAGAAAUACCAGUACUGCCUUCAGCACAGAAUAUUCCAAGCAACCAUCAUUAUGCUUGUGGUAACUAUGGCUUUUUGUGCCAUCUGUAUCACCACACUCUACAUGCUCACAUUAAGAGAAGAGAUUGAUUUUGGUUUCAGUAAUUCCAGUGAGCAUCCAAUCUAUACUACUACAACUAUGGCGACUACAGUCACACCUACUUCUUCCCCUGGCCCUUGGCCACCAGACGUUGAUUUCUCUAGCGUGUUUUACUCGGAUGAAGUUUAUUGUUGUCUACAUACUGCAUCAACCAAACACAUGUCUAUCACAACGAGCUCAACUGUUGACCCAGGAUUUCAAAAAACACUUUCUUAUACCAAAAAGAGUCUGACAGCUAAUAUACCAUGGGAAUGGUUACGACACAUCAGUGACUGGACAAACACAACCAUUAAGUCGAUCCUUAUCACUCAAAACCAGCAGGUUAUAGACCACCAUUACAUAGACCAGAAGAACUCCCGGAAAGGGAACUACAGCUAUCGGAUCCCCAUUAGUAAACACAUUCCAAUCAACAUGCCAGUAACCCUGCAGAUGAACACUACUGAGCUGUUAGUAGCUCACCUGUGUGCAUAUGAUCUGAGGGAGGAGUGCACUACUGUAAUGGACUAUAAUGACUAUGAAUUCUACAGAGUACCCAACACACAGGGGUAUGUACAUGAGUGGCCCCUGUCAGUUGCUCGACAUUUACGAUCAUCUUAUCACUUCCGUCUCUCAGUAGCGGGUCAGGCUCACUGUUCUACAGACCCCAACUAUGUGGGAAUUCUGUUUACUGACUACCACUUCCAUUUCUACCGCCGCUGCCAGUGAUGCUGAAUUAACCUUGAUCACACCCUUAAUGCACUCUAAUCACAGAUCCUUCUAAUGCUGUUAAAGCAAGAUUCAAAGUAGAAAGAACUGAUACUGACUACUAAGGCAAAAAUGCACUUCUCACACCAUGGCUUGCAUAUAUAUAUAUAUAUAUAUAUAUAUAUAUAUAUAUAUAUAUAUAUAUAUAUAUAUAUAUAUAUAUAUAUAGCGUGUGUGUGUGUGUGUUGAAGGGUAGAUGUGUGUUAAUUCUUUGUAAUGUAUAUAAUCUGACAAUAGAUGGAAGAAAUAAGAGUUUACAUGGACGGGGAAAAGAAAUGCAACACUUGUGAUCGGAUGAAAUUCAAACCUUGAUUGUGAAAGGAACAAGAAUGAAAAAAAUUAAAAUACACAGUACAAUAGCAGGAAAACAAUAACAAAUGUGAAUAUGAAGAAUAAUUCUCCGGUCUUUCAGUAGCUUGUAGAGUAACUAUAGCAUGGAGAUUUAAUGUGUGUCUGAACGUGCAUGUGUGGGAGGUUCUUUCGUUUCUGUAGAAGGGCUUGAUAAAGUUUCUAGGGAGACAGAGGGUCAAGGGUCAUGAUGACUAAUUUGUUUGUCCUAACAGUCUGCAAAUCCUUAUUGCUGAGAACCUGGCAAUGCUGGCACAUGACAUACCUGCCUGCUAAAUGCCACUGGUCCUUUCCUUUGCCUCUCAGGCCUGUGGACUUUAGCCCAUAUGUUCUGUAAAUUCCUUAUUAGUUUAUGUAAAAUGUCCGAGGUCACAUCUUCUUAUUUUAUAAGAAUGUUUAUAUUUGUAAAAAAGGGUUCGCCUUAUUGUCAGGAGAUUCGAAUCCUGAUGAUGCCACAGCCAUCCAUGAACAAGAGUCAAGGAAGCAAAAUUGGCUUUGCUCUCUCUAUGACCAGCGACAUUGGCCAAUCUCAGGUGUCAUGUAUUCAGAAGACGGCUUAUAGCGCUUUGAGCAUGAGCAGCAGUUUUAAAAAAUUGUGCUUGGUGGCUUCAUGUGUUACUUGUAGUUGUUGCAUGUAAAUGGUGAUCUGGCUGGUGGGUGGCAAGUGAACAAAUUGUGCAGAAAAUUGGGGGGGGAAAACCUAAACAAACAAAAUCUUACACUGAUGCAAAAAGAUCUACAACACCCUACCAUGUACACCAGAAACCUUUUGUUUUCUGUGUGAAAGUCUCUGACCUGAACAGAAUAUUACAGUAAAAUCUGAUAAAUCUUUGUUUCCCAUUGAUCCUGUGUGUGUGUGUGUGUGUGUGUGUGUGUGUGUGUGUGUGUGUGUGUGUGUGUGUGUGUGUGUGCGCGUGUGUGUGUGUUUGUGUGUCUGUGUGUGUGCGUAUGUAUGUAUGUGUGUGUGUGUGUGUGUGUGUCUGUGUGUGUGUGUGUCUCUGUUUGUCUGUGUUUGCGUGUUUGUGUGUGUGUUUGUGUGUUGUGUGUCUAUGUGUGUGUGUGUGUGUGUGUGUGUGUGUGUGUGUGUGUUUGUGUGUGUGUGAGAGAGAGAGAGAGAGAUCAGCAAGUUACACACAGCUCACUACACAAACUUUACUGCUAAAUUUUCCAAUCCUUAAUUAAUAGGUUUCAAUAUUUUAAUGUUGCAUUCUUUAUUAUUAUUAUUAUUGUUAUUGUUAUUAUUAUUAUCAUCAUCCAUGUUUGAUAUCGUUACUCUUGUUUGCACAGCUUGCUGUAUUCAUAGAUUUUUGUAUAAACCCUACUGAGAUUAGAGAAGAAGAAGAAAUUCAGUAAUGAAAUAUUUGCCACAGAAUUUUGUAUUUAAACAAACCACUGUCAAGACAGGAAAAAAAUUUUUUUUAUUUGAAUCAGCUUUUGUGAUAUUAUACUAUAUUAAAUUAUUCAGUUCAUUUCAUUACACAUUUCAUAUUGCUAACACUGUUGUCGUUCUUCUACACCGAAAUGUAUUAUUUAAGUUGUUUCUGAUCCAUUGACCAAUAAAAGAGAAUGAUGCCAAAUAAACUGCAGAAGCAAAUAAGCAAAUAUCUUUAUUAUUUUCUGACACUUAUCAGCAUAGGCAGGAUGAAUGUCACUGCAGACUUUAAACACAAACUUUCAGUUUUCUACACAGUGACUGAGGACUCAUCACCAUAAACACUAUAAACACAUCCAUGCACACUCAAGGAUAUGGUUGGUUAUCAACGCGAGAUAAAGUAUGUCAGAUUUUUCUCACCUUGAAUGUAAUAAAGCAACUUUUGCUUGUAAUACAGCACUCACAGUGUUAUUUAUAGUGUUUCUGGGUAGGAGUCAUUAUUGUGCUGGAAGGUGAAAUUGUUCUUCAUGUUUACCUGUCUAACAGAGGCCUACAGGUUUUGUGCAAAAAUACAGUAGUUUGGUAUUUUGAGAUAACCAUAAUUCCCUCUAUCUUGACUAGAGCACCAAUCCCACCAGAAGAGAAACAGCCCCAUAGCUAGGGAUGAGUAUCGUUAAGGUUCUAACGGUAUUACUACUCUUACCGAUACUGCUUAUCGAUCUGGUACUUUAACUGUGUUCUUAUCGGUACGUUGUGCUGUGUUUUUUUGUUGUUGUUGUUGUUGUUGUUUUUUUAUGAAUAAAGAAACAAAUUGAGACCAGAA